GAGUCGGGGUCGGACCCUCUCUCUCUGACUCCGGGUCGUGGUCUGCAGAUGUUGGAGGCGCUCAGACAGACGCAGACCUGCUCCGCCUCCAGCAGCGCGCAAUGAUCCAGACCCUCAUCAGCUCACGGACCUUUCUGAACCGUCCCGGAUUACAGAGACCUGGCAGCUCCUGAGAGGACGUGGUUUCUAUUUUAACAGCGGGGUGUUCAGCAGAGAGAGCCAGUCCUGCUUCAGACCAGCAGAGAGACAGCCGGUCCUGCUUCAGACCAGCAGCUCGUCUCACCUGCAGAGAACCAACCAUGCGCUCGCGGGCUGCGCUCUCCCGGUUUACGUCCCUCCUCUUCCUCUCCUUCCUGUCUCUUCCUCCUGUUCACUCCUCAUCCCGCCCUCAGUGGAUCCUCCAGCGUGUCCCUGUGGUCCUCCCGCAGCAGACCGAGGUCCGGCCGGCCCCUCACUUCCUGUCCCCGGCCCGAUUGGAGGUCAGCUCCCCCUGUGACCCAGAAUGCCACAAGAAGGCCCCGCGGCCCAGCUACUGGGACUUAAGGCAGCUUCUGUCUUAUGAGACGCUGGAGUCUAACGGUGAACUCACAGAGACUGCAAUCGGGAUCUACGGAUACAAACCCGGCUCUGACAACGCUCCAGUCUACUCCUCGGGGUCUCCUGGGCCUCAGCAGUCCCAUGUGAGGAGGAAGAGACAGAUCUUCGGUCAUGAUGGGCGUUUCAGCAUAGCGGGGCAGGACUUCCUCCUGAAGUACCCGUUCUCAGUGUCGGUCAAACUGUCCACGGGGUGCUCGGGGACGCUGGUGGGAGACCGCCACGUUCUCACGGCGGCUCACUGCGUUCACGACGGGAAGAACUACGUGAAAGGAGCGCAGAAGCUCCGAGUCGGGUUUCUUAAACCCAAGCACCGAGACGCGCCGCCGUCUUCCUCUCACGGUCCUUCCAACCUCACCAAUCACAUCGAAGGAGCAGCGUACGCCCCGCCCACCAACGACAAGAUGAAGUUCCAGUGGAUCAGAGCCAAGCGCACCCACGUCCCCAAAGGAUGGAUUAAAGGGAACGCCAAUGAUAUCGGGAUGGAUUACGAUUACGCUCUGCUGGAGCUCAAAAAGCCCCACAAACGCCGCCACAUGAAGCUCGGGGUCAGCCCGCCGGCUCUGAGGCUGCCCGGCCGCCGUGUCCACUUCUCAGGAUACGAUAACGACCGUCCGGGUCAGCUGGUGUACCGCUUUUGUCGGGCCGGCGAGGAGACGCCCGACCUGCUCUACCAGCACUGUGAUGCUCAGCCGGGCGCCAGUGGCUCGGGGGUCUACGCCCGCAUGUGGGAUGGACGGCGCCGGCAAUGGGAGCGGAAGGUGAUAGGCGUGUUUUCUGGGCACCAGUGGGUGGAGAAACACGGGGCGUCUCAGGAAUUUAAUGUGGCGGUGAGAAUCACGCCGCUCAAAUACGCUCAGAUCUGCUACUGGAUCAAAGGGAACUUUGUAGACUGUCGGGAGGGCUGAAGGAGACCUGGAGGGGAGGACAAGACCGCCAAAUCGACCUGGAGGCUUACGACGUCCUCAUACUCCUCAUACUCCCCCCCCUCCCCUCCCCUUCACUCACAGCACUGAUGUCAACACCAACAAACAAACAAACAAACAAACAAACUGAGUCUGUCUCCCUGAAUACAGAGCAGUCCAGUUACAGCACUAACACAUGACCACAGGGGGCGCUCUCUCCGUUUGUUUCCUCACCAUGAUGGAGGAACAUGGUAAUCAAAGGGUUAAUAUUUAGUGUUGCAGAUCAGAACCUUCUCUGGACGUUAAUGUGGAUCCCUGGUUCUUCUCAGGACCUUCAGGUCUGCAGGACGCUGUAGAGAUGUUUGGAGACGGUCUAACAGGAGCUGGACUGAUGGCGCUCUUUGACUGCAUCAUAUUUUAUUGUGUUUAUACUAAAGAUUGACCUGUUGAGACUCCUCAAGCUUUCUACUGAUGUUUAUGUGGAUGAAUGUACGAGUCAGCUACCAAAGUUUCACAUUCUCUCCAAACUGUUGAGUUUCUCUCCUCAGAGGAUCAUGGAGCACAGCACGCUCUGUCGUUUCAGAGCGAGUUUAAAGGUUUGCAGGCGACUGAGUGAGGCUGCAGGAGCAUGUGUUGAUGCAGAGCUCCCUCUGGUGGCAGACAUUAAGCACUGCAGGCGUCUGCACUGAACGCUGACUGAUGCACUUUUUGACUUCCUCUUUAACUUUGUGUAGUUUCAUUGUUUGUGUUCAGAGAUUGUAAAAUUAAAUGAUAUAUGCUUUAAAAUCA